CUCUCUGCCACUCAUGCCAUCUCUCUAAUGUCUGGAAACAUUCCAUAUCCCUUUGUUAUUACAGUCGAUAGAUUGUUUUUAUUAGGAAAUGUAUGAACUUCGGGCAGUUCAGUUUUAAUUGCUGUGACGUAGUACAUUUUGCUAACUAAAUCAUAAUUAUUACCAGAGCAAUCAGAACCCAAAGAAGAUUGCGACACCACCUAUGCAUUUGCUAAUAUUUCUCAGAGAACACCGGUCUGCGCAUACCAUUUCUACCGAAACAGCUCUUAUAAGUCGUACACUAGGAAUCUUGCUGCUUUAAACAUUAAAGUUUAACCAUGGCGCCACGUCUAGACCUAGAGGAAGAUAAGGCUAUUGUCUGUGAUAUUCUACAUGGGAAGAUGCUGAGGAAGGGGAAGGAAAGCCUUUACUUCAAUCGAACAGAAGACCAGCGAAUACGUUAUGUUCUUGCCGUUACAUAGUUAGCUACAUCAGUUUCUUAGGAAUAGCAUGUGCCUUUAUGAAUCGGGUCAACAUUAGUGUUACCAUGACAGCAAUGGCAAACAGUUCAUACAGCUCGACCUAUGACCUAUUCAACUCAACGGCUGAACUAUGUCCUGCUAGGUCAAACAAUGACAACGAAGAAAACGUCAGGGAAGGAGAAUUUCCAUGGGAUGCGCAUACACAGGAACAGAUCUUAGCUGCUAUCUACUAUGGCUUUCCCAUCCUCCAAGUACCUGCUGGUAUCUUAGCUGAUAAAUACCCUCAAACCUGUAUCUGGUUGAUAGGUGUAGGGUACCUACUAUCAGCUAUAUUUACAUUGUUCGUUCCUCUAGCUGCUUACGCUGGAGGAGCUCCUCUCAUCAUAACACUCCGAAUUCUUUCAGGCCUCUCCGAGAGUGGCACGUACCCCGGUCUCUAUUCUCUGAUGUCUCGUUGGGCUCCCCCGGCAGACAGAAGCAAGCUACUCGCCAUUGUCUUUGCGGGUUCAUCUGUCGGCCAAAUCAUUGCCCAACCUAUCUCUGGUAUUCUCUCCGAGUCAGACUUCCUCGGCGGUUGGCCAUCCACCUUUUAUCUUUUUGGUUCAUUAGAAGUGCUAUGGUGUAUCUUAUGGUUUCUUGUGAUAUAUCCAUCACCUAUGGCACACCCGAGGAUAUCUCAAGAAGAAAAGGAUUACAUCAUGGCUGAACUCAAACUUGAAGAUGAGCCACCCAAGGAUUAUCCAUGGAAACACUUCUUUACUUCGCUGCCAUUGUUAGCUGUGGUUGUCGCUGAUUUCGCUCUGAUGUGGGUUCUUUACUCUCUAACAUCCAACCUUCCAAUAUUCCUGAAAGAAGCUCUUCGAUUUGACAUCUCUCAGGCUGGUAUUUUGUCAGCUGUUCCGCACAUUGUUUUCUUUAUCUUCAUCCUCGGUGGAGGAGUCUUAGCAGACUUCCUUCUCUCACACACCAACUUCAGCAUCACCACCGUCAGGAAAUUCAUGACCACAAUAGGUAUAUUGCCAUCAGGAAUAUUCCUUGUCCUGGCUGGUUAUGUUGGAUGUAACGCACCUCUAGCUAUUACGUUUAUCUCUCUUGGACUGGCGUGUACUGGACUCGCUUAUUCAGGCUCCUGUCUCUCCAUGAUGGAGCUAGCUACACCUUAUGCUGGAAUGGUCGUUGCUGUAUCAUACUCCAUCGCAACUUUCACUGGUUUUAUUUCGCCAGCAGUUGUUGCUAUGUACACGGAGAACCAGGCCGAUAUAGCAGGAUGGAGAUCAUUUUUCUGGGUGACAUUUGGGAUUACUGUAGUAGCCUGGUUACUCUUUAUGAUCUUCGGCACUUCCGAGCUUCAACCAUGGGCGAAAGGAGACAGGAGAAAAGACAAAACUGAGCAUCGAGAAACCAAGUAUGGAGGAAUCAUUGAUAACGGGCUAGAAUACAAUAGUGAAAGAGAAGAGAUCCUGCCGCCAGAUUACACCUGAUUCAUACAAACUUGUGUCCAGAAAUGUAGUAUGCUGCAUGGAUGACGAAAACUCUAUUUUACACGAAAUUUCGGUCCACUUGAAUUCGAUGUCACGGAUCGUGCAUUUUCUAGGAUUCUUGGGAGAAAAUCUGAGAUCUUAUAAAGGGAGAAAAUCUGAGACGUUAUAAAUUCAUUAUGGAAUACAUGAAAUCAACGAUAUCUAAAUUCGGAGAUGUUUGAGGUCAUCCGAAUUAUCAUACAAUUUUUUUCGGACUACUUUUUUCUUUCAAAAGCCCCAUCAAAACUGCGUGUGUGUCAUUCUGCCUUAUGUUUGCCUAUUUUCUGUCAAUCAUUCUCAUGUACUUGUAUUGGCGAGAUUUUGUGAAAACUGAGUAAAAAAUACACACAAUUUUAAUUUUUAAUAUUGGAAAAAGUUAUGCGUAUUUAUGACUCAAAUAUAUGACGCAAAUGUUUGUUCUAUGCAGGGGGGAAGAGUGGUAAGAACUUAAUCAAAGUGCAAUCCACACCUAAAAGAUUUCAAACAUCGUUCGUAUAGUAUGUGGCAAUCAGUCCGAGGAACAACAAGCAAUGCGUGAUCCUGACUGGAAAGAUUUGAGGGUUUCGCAUUCACCGUAAUCUAAUACUGACUUUAAUGUACAUAAAUUCGUUGAAUUCAUUGAAUUUAUUGAAAAUCAUUAAUAAAUCUAAGUGCUGAUAAUAAAGCGAGUAUGUACAUUGCAUAAAACAAGAAGAAAGGCAAAUUAAAUGAUUGGUCUAUAGUUCGCUCUUACAUGACUGUAAGCUUAGUAUGUCGAGAGAGAGAAUUAAUAACUUAUCCCUCUAGGAUUGGUUUGAAAUAAGAGCAAUUUCUUAAAAAGUUAAAUAUAGAUAAAUAAAAAAGUGUGUGUAUUAUUACUUGAAUUACAUUUUCAAUCUAAGAAAUAACAUUUCUAUCAAAAUGGUUUCUUUCCUUCACCGUGUCAACACAAUCAGAAAACGCGCUUGGCAUCAUGAAUAAUACUCAGAGUAGUUUCCAUGUCCGCGAUAUUACCAAACCUAUAAAAGACCGUAUCUGGACACCUACACUCUGGAUAACCACCCCCCCCCCCCCCGGUUAACCAUCCUAUAGGACAACUCAAGUGCAUGGUUCUUGAGAUAUCACGAUAACGAGAAAGCGGGACGGACAGACUGACGGACAACCCCAAAACAUAAUGCCACCGGCACUUCCUUCGGUGGGCGGAGGUAAACAUUCAUUUGAUCUCCGUGAAGAUUUGCAUGUUACAUUACUAGUAUGUAUCAUUUUAGCUUCAUAUUUAGUAAUGGUACUAUAAUGUGUUUCAAUGUUGUGUUUAAUAUGGUGCACCUCAUGAAGUUAAACGUGACGAUUUAUAAGUUAGGCCCAUGUAUAAUUAAUUGUAAUAAAGAAAAAUGAAAACAAAAACAAA